AAGGCGUUUCUUUUCUAGCACACGUGUUUGGAAUAAUGAAAUCGUUCAAGGUUCUGCGUUCAAACACGAGAAUACGCAAGGAUUCUGGAUACCGUGUCACUGUGCGCAUGUGUCACGAUGUACGGUAAACAUUCACCAUACCGGCAACCAUAACAACGCCAAUCCGGUCAGAAUGCCGCCAUAAGAUAAUCGCCGGCAUUGAGCUGGUGAAUCCUUGCGGAGGAAGGUAGCCUGCUGUGGAUGAGUCACCAUGGCAACGAACGAUAAAUAAGUCAAUGUUUGAAGGGAGAUCUAGUAGUACAGGCGUACGUACGGUGGUGGUUGUUUGGCGUGCGAGUUGUGCAAAAGGACGAGGAAGAAACAGAAAGUGCUGAAAUUUGUAGAAAACACUUUAAAUAUUCCACUUAAGUGUUUAAUUUGGUGUUGUAUUGUGCAAAGCAUUCCUGAGAUUGUGAGCUAUAAGCAGAAGCCGUUUGAAGGACAUCAUUCCCGAUGGAGGACCAACCGAAGGCAGAAGGUGAGGCGGACAAAAAGAUUGUCCAUGUGUAUCCGUUGGUAAAGUUUUCCGAUAUGAAUGACGAUGUCCGAGCCGAGGCGAUAGAAUUGAGCAUUACAGCGUGUGAGAAAUACGCACAAAACUACGAGGUUGCGGCCAAAACGAUCAAAGAGCUGAUGGAUAAAAAGUUUGGCACCUUCUGGCAUGUGGUCGUCGGUGAAGGUUUCGGUUACGAGGUGUCCUACGAAACGAAGAACAUACUGUAUCUGUUUUUCGGUGGCAAUUUGGCGAUUGUUCUGUGGAAAUGUUCGUAGACACCGGCAUGGACGUCUUCUCGCGGUCCUUUUGUUUGUUGUUUUGAUAGUAAUGGCAGCAAAACCCGUUGUGGUUUUCUUUGGAAAAUUAGCAAGACAAAUACACCGGCGCUGUUGAUAGCGAUUUGUUAAA